CUAUAAAUACUCAUCAUUCCAAUUCAAUACCACAAACGUGACUAAGGAAACUGAAAAUGCGUGUGUUGGCUCUGUUAGCUCUCUGCUUAGCGGCUGUUUCAGCCGUCCCCAAAAAUCCCCAGAGGAUUGUGGGGGGAUCCGUCACCACUAUCGGCCAGUACCCAUCGAUGGCCGCUCUCCUCUUCUCUUGGGGCACAUCUGGACACAGACAGGCUUGCGGUGGUACCAUCCUUAACAACAGAUCCAUCCUUACUGCUGCUCACUGCACCAUUGGAGAUGCACCCGCCAGAUGGAGAAUCCGUGUGGGCUCCACCAACGCCAACAGCGGCGGUGUUGUUCACAACUCCCAACAAAUUAUCAACCACCCUAACUACAACGGAAACACUUUCAACAAUGACGUUUCUAUCAUUCGCUCUUCCUCCACUUUCUCCUUCAACAACAACGUGCGCGCUGCUUCCAUCGCCGGCUCCAACUACAACCUUGGUAACAACCAGGUUGUCUGGGCUACUGGAUGGGGAACCAUUUCUUCUGGUGGUCCCGCUUCUGAGCAACUCCGCCACGUGCAGAUCUGGACUGUCGCCCAAAACACUUGCGCUCAGCGUUACGCUGAAGUCGGCAUGUCCAUCACCAAUAACAUGUUGUGCUCCGGCUGGCUCGACGUCGGCGGUCGCGACCAGUGCCAGGAGACUCUGGCGGUCCUCUCUACCACAACGGUGUCGUUGUUGGUGUUUGCUCUUUCGGUUGGGGAUGUGCUCAGGCUCGUUACCCAGGUGUCAACGCCCGUGUUUCCAGCUUCAGCUCUUGGAUCCAAAGCAAUGCCUAAAUAAAUUAUAUCUGAUUAUCUGUAAAAGACAUGAAUAAAUUAUAAUGAUACAACAAAA